CAGGGGGUGCUGGGCACUCCGGACCAUUUCCCGGUGAGGGCAUGAAGAGUUGGUUGAGAGGAGGCAAGAGAGCAAGGCUGUUACAUCUCAUACAGGGUAACACAGGUGAGGUACUGCAGGAGAACAGGUGAGUUAUUGUUCUGAAGAUGAUUUUAAAAAAUUGAGUCUGGUGAGUUUUUUUUAGUUAAGGACAUCAUAAAAAUGUAGUCUAGUUGGAGUACACCCAGGAUUAGUUCAUUUCUUAUAAAGUAAACUUUUUAAAAGUUUGGAUUGUCUUUUAAUUGUUUAAAGAUUGAUUACAAAGACUGCAUUAUCUUUAGAUAUAUGUCAUCAAUCAGACUUGUCCUUCAGGUUUUUAAAUGGUAGAGCAGAGAAGUGUUCAGAAUCUGACAAUUAUCCUCUCUGUGUGGCAAGUAAAAGAUUUAGAAAUGUUUGAUCUGAAAACCAUUCCACACACAUCUCUGCUCCAGAGUUGAUAGUGUUGGUUGUUAUUGACCUGGGACGCUGUUAACUGGGUCACACGGUGGGUCGUCCAUGUUGGGCAAUAGAUUGGACAUUGAUCCAUGUGGUUUGGUCAGAGAAAAGCAGACCAGAGGAAAACAGGUCAAUUGUCCUCUAAUCUGUGAGACUAUUAAUUUCCUUUCCUCUCUGUCCUCUCUGCUCCUAAUCCCAAUCCCUGUGUAAUUAAAACCUUGUUGGGAUGACAUGAAAAACCUUGUUGGGAUGACUUUGAAAACCUUGUUGGGAUGACUUGGAAAUCCUUGUUGGGAUGACUUGGAAAUCCUUGUUGGGUGACUUGGAAAACCUUGUCUUGAAAACCCUGCAUGGCCUUGCUGUGAACUUUGAGUGUUAGUAUGCAUGUGUAUUUCAGUUUUUAUUUUCAGUAAAGACAUUUCCACUCUACCUGAUGCAACUGCAGCCGGAUCAGUUCAUUUCAUCUGCUUCAGUAACAGUGCUUUGUUAGACCCCCUGAAUGGGAAGAAAUCAGAAUCAGUUAAACUAAGUGCAGCUGGACAAAUAAACAACAUUAGGCUGAGAGUACUGCUGGAGUGGAAUGACCAGACAGAAUAGAUCCCUGCCCAUACCAACAUUAUUUCUGGACAUUGCUGAAACAAUUCUUUCCACACACCACUCUGAAUACAACUCAAUCACCCUGUGGGCUACUCCAGCGGACAGCCAUGUUGCUUACUCUGGCAUCCAACAGCCAUGUCAUUUUCUACAGCUGGAUCCAGACGUCUGUGUCUCACUACACACUCGUUGUUCAUUUAAUUCAAGUUUAUUUAAUCAUUUAAUUUAUUUAUUAUUAUUAUUAUUUUUCUUUAAACCCUUUUGUACUGGUCUGUUCUACACAAAACACCAUCACGCAACGCUAUCCUGUUGUCACGCCAACCUACCCUUCCACUUCCUCCAUCCCCAUUCCCCAUGCCUCGUUCUGUUUGGUCCUUCCAAUCCUUACUUCCCUGUUGCCCCUGCUCCUUGCCCCGCCCCUCUCCACUCCAAAUACAUGUUCCCUCCUGGUUGGAGAUGGCAGAGUGCACUGUAGCCCCAGUAGCAAUGGAGGACAGUGACCGUGAGGCUCACUCAUCAUCAGAUGACCAGGACUCCGCCCCGCCAUCCCCUGGCCACACCAGGGACCACCACCAUCAGACCGAACAGCACUCAAGCCAUUCCAAGGACGACUCUGAAGACUCUGAGUUGGAGAACAUUAUGCAACAAGACCCCCACCACAACGGGGGCCAUCCACACCCCCACCUGCCUCUUCCCAGCUAUGAGCACAGCCCCGACCAUGAGCACCCCCACCCGGUGGACAGGGAGGCGGAGGGUGGCGACAGCCCCCCGAACACCCCCGGGACACCCACCUCUGGGACCCCACCGUUUUUGCGCCCCCCCACGGCAGGUGGCAGGGCCCAGUCAGACAACCAGUGCGUAGGGAGGCUGCAGCUGGGUGGAGGUGGGAUGGUGGAUCACUAUGAUAUGCAGUCUCCCCUCAGUCCCACCAGGCCCAAGAGCCCCUGGGGCCGCUUUGAUCCCUACGACUUUCCAGAGGACCAAGACAAGGAAUAUGUGGGAUUUGCCACACUGCCAAACCAGGUGCACCGUAAGUCUGUCAAGAAGGGCUUUGACUUCACCCUGAUGGUAGCAGGGGAGUCUGGUCUGGGCAAGUCCACCCUGGUCAACAGCCUCUUCCUCACAGACCUCUACAAGGACAGGAAGCUACUCAACGCUGAGGAGCGGAUCACUCAGACAGUGGAGAUCACUAAACACACAGUGGACAUUGAGGAGAAGGGGGUCAAGCUGAAGCUCACCAUCGUAGACACCCCUGGCUUUGGAGACGCUGUCAAUAACACUGAAUGCUGGAAGUCAGUGGCGGACUACAUCGACCAGCAGUUUGAGCAGUACUUCAGGGACGAGAGUGGACUGAACAGGAAGAACAUCCAGGAUAACAGAGUCCACUGCUGCCUCUACUUCAUCUCUCCCUUUGGACACGGUCUGAGGCCUCUGGAUGUGGAGUUUAUGAAGGCCCUUCAUGAGAAGGUCAACAUUGUGCCCAUCCUGGCCAAGGCAGACACACUCACACCCAUUGAGGUCAAGAAAAAGAAAUUCAAGAUCCGAGAGGAGAUCCAGCAGUAUGGGAUUAAGAUCUACCAGUUCCCAGACUGUGACUCUGAUGAGGAUGAGGACUUCAAACAGCAGGAUCAGGAGCUCAAGGACAGUAUACCAUUUGCGGUGAUCGGCAGCAACACGGUGGUGGAGGCCAAAGGGAAGAGGGUCCGGGGUCGUCUCUACCCCUGGGGCAUCGUGGAAGUGGAGAACUCGGCACACUGUGACUUUGUGAAGCUGAGGAACAUGUUGGUGAGGACACACAUGCAGGACCUGAAGGAUGUGACACGGGAGACCCACUAUGAGAACUACAGGGCUCACUGCAUCCAGAGCAUGACCCGCAUGGUGGUGAAAGAACGCAAUCGCAAUAAACUGACCAGGGAGAGUGGCACAGACUUCCCCAUCCCUGUGAUACCAAGUACCACAGACACCGAGACGGAGAAGCUGAUCCGAGAGAAAGAUGAAGAGUUGCGGCGAAUGCAAGAGAUGCUCACAAAGAUCCAGGAACAGAUGCACACGCAGAAGGAGGCCUAUUAACCCAGGCUACUACUAGAACCCCUGCCCCUCUGUAAAUGCAGGCCCCCUCUUUCCACUACUAGGGUGGGCACCCCUAGUACCACUCUACUCUAGUCCACACACAUUGUCAACUCCAGCUCAUCCAACCCCAACAGCCACCACUCCUCAUUUAGUCAAUAACCCUCACUAUCAGAGACUGAUCCACGACCAGGCAUGAGGUAUUCACAGACAGGUGGCAUGGAGAGAAUUUGCAUUCUCUUCCAACAACAUGGAAGUCCUGUGUCUCCACACCUGUUGUGGAAACUCUAACAGGAACAACGGGCACUCCUUUUCGAGUGCCAUUGCUGGAGCACAACCCCGGGCCGGACAGCACCUACCUAACCACCUGCUUGUCCUUAAAGGGUUACGGCCGGGUCCUGCCUGCCCUCUUUCCACUCAUAGUUUACCUGUGUUCUUCUCAAGAGAACUUGUUGCCUUCCAGUUCAUUGCUAACACUUCAAUGUUCAUUGAUGUUUCUCCUUAGUGAACUCUAACCCUGACAUUGGUUAAGGGGUAGACUGUAGGGAAUGUGUUGUCCUGUCCCUCUGCUAGGUGUUUGAAAGUCUAUCUCAUAACAAAUGUAGUUGUGUGGUCUUAACCACCCUAGACAAGGUCUGUUGGGAAGGAGGUUGGCCUGCCCAAAAACAUUUUUUUGUCAUGCACAAUUUUUUCCCAACAGCAUUUUUCUUAAAGGUCAAUACUAUAGAUGGUCAUACAGAUAAAAUGUGAUACUUUUUUUUACUACAAUGUUACAUUUGUAAAUGUUUUUGUUACGGGGUUGCAUCUAUCACUUAUUGCUUUUAUUUGCAUUGCUACACAGAAUAGCGUGGAAUGAGUCAUUCUUUUCACAAUUUUUAUUUUUAAUUUCAACAAAUGUUACUGAAGUACUGUUGGGUGUUUUUUUUGACAUGUUAAUAGGGCUAACUAAUGUCCUUCACUCUCCCAAUUCCAGCAUGCUCAACCAUGGGUUGUUCAUUCUUGUAUUUUACUUAAAAGAAACCCACUACUUACAGUUCUGAGUGUUUGCUGGAAUAUUGUUGACUGGCAGGUUCGUCCUCAGGUCGUAGUAAAACGUUUUGCAGUGAAAAUGAGUGUUGGACCUGGAUACAACCCGAUUUAUAGACGUUGCGACUUUUAAAGGUCAUUUCAGAUUAAGCUGAUAUAUGCAGCGUUUACGUGAUGGGAACAUUGCCUUUUAAAAGCCGCAGUGCAAAACCUGCGAUCUGACUAAAUCCUGGCUCAAAUGGACAAGUUCCAGCAUUAACUCCCCAUUUAAUGUUUUUUAAUCUUUUUUUUUUUCACUGAACAUGACCCAAGAGGAGAAGAUAGAAGCCUUGAGCUAACUAUGUGCCAGCCAAGAGAUGCUGGCCUGGGGACCAAGCAGACAGGACAAGGCCCUUAUUCUGCCAGAGGUCAGGGGGCUAGAGAAUGACAGGGUCCCUUCAGUAAAGUUGUUUGUGGGUAUAGUGUCUGUUAUAGAGGUGCCUGAUGUAGCAGGCCUUCAUUCGUGGGUGAUAUUUUUCUUGAUUAUGUUUGUGGACAGUAAGUAUGCACCCUCUAUUUUUAAGUACAUUAAGUGGAUAUGUAUGAGUGGAUGAUUUUAUUAUAGUAGAUAUAAUAUGCACUCAACGCGAGAGAAAUUAUAAUUACUUAUCAUUUAGGUGUUUCCUCCCAAAAAUGUUGACUUAACACUUUUUUCAUGAAGAAGAUGAAUAGUUGUGCAUAUGUAUUUAUUUUCCUCAGGUGCAAAUGUCAGUUAAUUCACAAGGAACAAGUCAUGAGACAAAAAUAUACAUUUGUUUGGAUUAUUAGUAUCAUGAGUGCCAGAAAAAUUGAUUUGAAAUAAUCAGAAUAAAAUAUUUUUAUUUCACAUUCUCUUUGUAAACAACAUUGUUCAAUUUACCUGUUCUAUCCUGAUCCAUCAAAAGCUUAGAGAUUCACCUACAGACCCAGUCCAAAAUCACACUAGAACAAAAGUAGGAAAUAAGAUUGUUUCAUAAGAAUGUUGUCAUACUACUUUUUCUGAAUACAUUUAUGUAAUAAAUAACUUUGGCCAGGAUUCAAUCUGAGCGCAGAUUGGCAACGCUCCAAUAAACGCAUUUUCCCAUUGAGCCAACAUAUGCAGCGUUUACCGUGAAUGUGGGCUCUGAAAAAGUGCAUUGUGGACAAAGCUCGCUCGGAUUGAAUCCAGCACUUUAUAAAGUCAUUAAGGAAGAGAAAGGAUGCAAUGAAUUGUAAUACAAUAAAGGAAGUAACAUCUUGUCUCUC